UUAGUCGAGCUUUUCCUGCGUCGAGGUUCGUCGCGCCGUCAGUGACGUCAUUUUGAAGUGCCAGCAGUGAGCGUGUAGAUUUCAGUAAAACAUCUACGAACCUUCAUGGGAUUUGAAGUUUUCAUCCUUCAACAUGACUGAAUACUGGAAGUCUCAGCCGAAGAAGUUCUGUCAGUACUGCAAAUGCUGGAUCGCGGAUAAUAAACCCAGUGUCGAGUUCCACGAGAGAGGAAAGAAUCACAAAGAAAAUGUUGCGGCCAAAAUCGCAGAGAUUAAGAAGAAAAGUGUGGCGAAGGCUAAGCAGGAGCAGAAGAUGUCAAAGGAGUUUGCAGCGAUGGAGGAAGCGGCUCUGAAGGCGUAUGAGGAGGAUCUGAAGAGGCUGGCGGGUCAGUCGUCAGGUGAGAGUGUGGCUCUGUCUGAAGCUCCUGCUAAAACGCAGAAAAAACCCAAGAAACUCAAAGCGAGCGUCCCGUCAGAGAGCAGCGGCGGCGGCCGGCCGGAUGUCUGGCUGAGAGGAACCACAAACAACGGCCUGGAGUAUUUCUACAACACCGUCACUGGAGAGUCUCAGUGGGAGAAACCUGACGGGUUUAUGGACGAGAGCUCGUCAUCGGCCAUGGGACAAACACAGGAUCCGUCAGGCGGUGCGUGGAUGGAGGCCGUGAGUCCUGAUGGAUACAUGUACUACAUUCAGUCUGUGAGUCAGUCUGCGAGUCUGCAAGUCUACGAGUCUGUCUGCGAGUCUACGAGUCUGUAA